AGAAAGUAGCAGUUAUGACCCUAUAUGGAACUUGAAAUUCCUCAUGCCUGUAAAACUCAUCUUGCCAAAGCUGGCAGAAGGGGUAUUUUUCCAUUUGGCCAAGUGACGGCCAUUUGACAUUUGGCGGAAAAUGCUUGGGCAUUGUUUAAUUCGAGAAUUUUUUUAAAAAAUUUUGAAACUAAUCGAUGAGGCUUUUACAACCACCACAUUUGGAAUCCUUACAACAAAAGUGAUUGCGACUUAUACCAAAAAUAAAUAAUCUCUUUAUACUACUCAACAAGAUCAUUGAUGAGCUUUGGGAACACCUCAAAUCAGGUGUUCCCUUGAGCAGUGGAACGCAGGUGUGGGUGCUAAUCUGUCUCUCUCUCUAAUCUGAUAUUUUCUUAAGCUGUCAAGAUAUAUUCGGUGGAUGAGAAUACCCGAAGGAGAUUGUUUCUUUUUGUUGGCAAGGGAUUUAAAGAUAGUAUGGGGUGAAGACAAACGUUAUUGGCGUUGGAUGCGUUUGCAAGAUUCAAGCCGACCAGAGAUCGAAAUAGCCGAGCUUCUUAAAGUGUGCUGGUUUGAGGUGAGGGGAAAGAUAGAUGCAUCAUGGCUCACUCCAGGGAUGGACUACAUUGUGGCCUUCAUUAUGAAGCUCAGUGCGCAAGCUCAUGGGUGGGAAGAAGAAAAUGUCACACUUAGCUUUAUUCUUGCCAACAAAAUGAAAAUGGCGAAAACACAGACACAGAACCUAGAAGAAAUGGAGAGGGGAAAGUGGAUGGAGAUUCAGGUGGGUGCUUUUCACAUUGGACAAGAAGAAAAGGGAGACUUAGAGUUCUCUAUGAUGCAAACCCAAGAGGGUAAAUGGAAAAGUGGGCUUCUCAUUAAAGGUGCGGUUAUAAGGCCCAAGAAUGCGAGCACAAAGUUGUGGUUAUAAACCCAAGAGGGUCUGAGCAUUAAGGCCCAGGAUGGACUCUGUUUCUCUCUCUAGGAGGGUGAGGGCUACUAGUAAGGUCCAGCUUUUGUUCAAGGGAACGAAGGUGUACUGAUUUUAUAUACAUUUCCUGUAACCUCACUAGCUCAUACAAAAGUAUAAAUAGCAGUUAUUUCAAUAAAUAUAUAUAUAUAUAUAUAUAUAAAAGGAGUCUAGAGCAUGUAACUAUGAGAUUACACUCCUCACAAGGAAAUAUAAGUAUUAUUUUAUGUCC